AUGACAGUCUUCAAUGACUUGCAUUUCGGUGAGGCUGAGAACACAGACUGGGGCCCUCUGCAGGACGUUGACACGCUGCUGGUGAUGGAGACGGUGCUGAAGAAGGAAUCUCCCCAGCUUGUCGUGAUUAACGGAGACUUCGUCACUGGCGAGAACACCUUCAAGAAGAACUCAACCGAUUACGUUGACAUGGUUGUCUCGCCUUUGGUUGCCCGCCACCUUCCUUGGGCAUCCACAUACGGCAACCACGACUCGGCGUACAAUCUUUCCUCCGAAAACAUUUACGAGAGAGAGAAAAAGUACAAAAAUAGUCUGACGAAGAAGAUGGUUCAAGACAAAAACGCCGGUGUCUCCAACUACUACCUGGAAGUCAUGUCUAACAACAAGCGUGAUUCUACGCCCGCCAUGAUCCUCUGGUUCUUUGACAGCCGAGGCGGAAACUACUACCAGGAAGAAGAAGCUGACGGUUCGGAUGUCGCCCGACCAAACUGGGUCGACCAAAGCGUCGUUGACUGGUUUGUAUCCACCAGAGCUCAAUUGACUAAACGGUACAAGAAGAAUCUGCCUUCAUACGCCUUUGUCCACAUCCCUGUAGGCGCCAUGUACGGCUUCCAACAGGAAAAAGGCGUUGAUGGGAACAAAGAGCCUGGAAUUAAUGCCGACAAUCCUCUCUCUCAGCAGGGAGUGCAAUCCCCACUGUAUAACGCUACAACAAGUUUCGAGUAUACUGGCCAAGACAAGGCUUUCAUGAAGGCCCUCUUGGACACUGAGAAUCUGAUGGGUGUUUUUAGCGGUCACGAUCACGGCGACGACUGGUGCUUCAAGUGGAACAAGGACCUCAAAUUUUUGGACUUGGCUGGUAACGGCCUUGUCUUCUGCUUCGGUCGUCACACCGGUUAUGGAGGCUACGGCUCUUGGACUCGAGGAUCGCGACAGGUUCUAGUUGACAUCAAGGACCUUGGAAAGUCUACCAAGACCUGGACUCGACUCGAGGAUGGCACUGCUGUUGGAGCCGUCACAUUGAACUCGACAUUCGGCAAGGAUGUUUAUCCCCCAGUUCAAUUGACGUAUACCAGCGAAGACAAUGAGGGAGUUCCAUCUACUACUGAUUAG